AUGAACGCCUCACGAGAAGACAAUUAUUCGUGGGUGCUAAAAAGCAUCGACAAUCUUCAGCUUGAAAAACGUCCCCGACCACAUCCAAAACCAAACGAAGUUGUAAUCGCCAUAAAAGCUACCGGUAUCUGCGGUAGUGAUGUUCAUUAUUGGGUCGAUGGUCGCAUUGGUGAUUUCGUAGUAGAAAGAGAACUUAUCCUUGGUCAUGAAUCUGCUGGUAUUAUCGACGAAAUCGGCGAGAAUGUCAAGAAUUUAAAAGUUGGAGACGCAGUCGUCAUAGAACCUGGUGCACCAUGUUAUGUCUGCAGUUACUGUCGAAAAGGGAGUUAUAAUUUGUGUCCAGAUAUGAAGUUUCCCGCUACGCCUCCGAUUAAUGAAGAUCUUUGCAUAAAACUGCCCGAGAACUUUCCUACGGGAAUAGAAGGAGGCGCAUUGAUCGAACCACUUUCUGUUGGGAUUCAUGCUUGUAAUCAAGCAGGGCUGAGAGCAGGGCAAUCUGUAAUAAUAUUUGGCGCGGGACCGGUUGGCCUUCUCGCAGCGGCCGUUGCUAAAGCUUCAGGAGCAAUCAAAGUGACAGUUGUUGAUAUCAAUCAAUCCAGGUUGGAUUUUGCCAAAGGCUAUGUCGCUGAUGAUGUUAUACUUGCGGAAGUAGUAACGGCUGGUGACAAUGUCAUCGAUCAUUGCAAGAGAUUUGCCAAGAGUCUCGUUGAAGCUGGCAAAGAACGUUCCGAUGUUGUGUUGGAAUGCAGCGGUGCAGAGCCGUCCAUUAUCACAGGGAUUUACGUAUGUUACAACAACGCU